GUCUGCGUUGGCAAGACGUCGGGAGACUUGUGUAUCUACGGUGUUUUUCGCGUGUUGUUGUCAGCAGCGCCUCUCACUCGCGUCUCGGUCUCAGUCCCAGUCUUGCCUCAUUCAUUCUGCAUCGGUGUAAACAAUCGCUAUUGUUUACCUUUUGUCCUGUGCAGCGGACGUGUGCUUUUAACGGUGCGUUGGUCGCGUCGCGAUCGGUUGUAGGUGUCAACGAGUGAUUAUCAGUGAUCAACUAGUGCGUAUGCGAUCGAUCUGCGGUCGCUCUGGUGCGUGUGCGUAAACGGAGAAGGAGAGAGAGAGAGGCGAGCGAGCGAGUAGGAGCAGUGAGUCGUGCGUCAAGAGCAGAAUAUAUAAUACACAUCGAGGUGCUGUAUAACUGCAGCGGAGCAGCAGGCCCCGCGCGCGCGAUUUCUGCCCGCCGAGUCGAGUGCGUGUACGCGGAGUACGGUGCGUCGAGGCCGACUCCGACUCGGGGAAGACAUGGCGCGCGGCAGCUCGCCGCCACAGCCAGCUCCGUCCGCCGUAUCGGGCCGUGUUAUCGUGACUGAAGCCGGUGUGUAGUGGUGGCUUGUCAAAAGUGCAGUUUUCCAGUUCAGUGUGUUCGGUCAAUGAUAAUAAUAGUAUAAUAUGAAGUAAAACACGAUAGUGCGAAACGUGCUCGGUGCUUGUGUGCAGCCAAUUCUUUCGAAUAGAAUAUAUAUCGUAUUCGUGUAUGCGCGUUUCAUAGGUGCGCGCGAUUGUGAUUGUUUUCGUUAUUUCGUACCGGCCAGGCCCAUUAGGCGCGAGUUUCACGACGAGUGCAGCGAAAAAAGUGCAGCGAUCUUCGUCGAGUUUCACUGGCCGCUUCGAGUUACGCUCCUGACUGCUGCCAGCAAAAUACCCAAGUCAUGAGGCGCAUAAGCGUGGGCGGCAUGAGUCGUCCCUCGAAGUCAGUGACGCAGGCGAAAAAAGUGGCGCCCCCGGCAGUGCCGAACGACUUUCGGCACUCGGGCUCGAGCUUCGGCUCGGCCGGUUACGCGUCCAGCGAGGAUGGGAGCAGCUGCUACGUGACGGCGGGCACACUGCUGCAGUCGUCGAGCAUCGUCGGCGUCGCGCCCAUGCAGCCCUCCGGCAACAACAGCGUGGUCGGCAGCGGCGGCGGCGGCCAGUCCGUCGUCGUCGACGUCGACUCGCCCUACGGCAUGACCACCGGCAAAAGUCCCAAUCCGAUGUACAAUCAUCCGGGCUUCACAUUUCCCAGCAUGGCCAACAAAUACGCCCACGCCGAGGAUCAAGGAAUCGACAUGACACAAAGUCCUGGCAGAGAUAGUCCAGGCAGUUCGGGCUCAGGCUCGGGUUCUCGUCAUUCGACGGCUUCGCUGGACUCGGGGCGUGCCUCGGGCUAUCAUCUGGGUGGACCCAGGAGCGCCGGUGCACUCACGUCGUCGCCUCGAUGCUCGAUCAGCUCGCUGGGAAGUCACCCAGACAGACCCGCAGAUCUCGACUUGGUGCACGCCUGGCUCACCGAGCUACAGUUCGAAGAGUACUUUCCACUCUUUGCAUCGGCCGGCUACGACCUUGCCACUAUCACGCGCAUGACGCCAGAGGAUCUCACAGCUAUAGGCAUAAAAAAGCCAAACCACAGAAAGCGUUUGAAAACCGAAAUCGACAACUUGAACGUGGGGGACGGCUUACCCGAACACGUGCCCGGCUCGCUCGAGGAAUGGCUGAGGCUGCUCAGACUCGAGGAGUAUCUCGGGCCUCUGAACCAGCAGGGCAUGCGCAGCGUCGACGACGUCACCACGCUCACAUGGGAAGAUUUCGAAGACAUCGGUAUAGUGAGGCUCGGCCAUCAAAAGAAACUGCUCUUGGCCAUCAAACGAGUCAAGGACAUCAGGGCCGGCAAACGAUUUCAGCCGCUCGAUCUGGCGAGAUUACCGCCGCAUCCUGGACACACGCAGGACGUUGUGAUAACCCGCGGGAACCCAGAUCUGCCGUCGCCGGACGAGGACUGCUCUUCACCGAUCCUGAGGUCCUUCCAGCGGCCGGCCGACAACAACCAACAGCAGCAACAGCACAUGUCGAGCGGCAUGAGCAGCGCCAACAGCAGCAGCAGUAACUCGAGCGUCAACACGGUGGCUGGCUGGCGCAGCAUGUACGGCGCUCUGCCGGCCAUCGGCGGCGGUCUCGACUACGGCCGCUGCUCGUCGAUCACGAGCUCGCGCGGCAAGUCCCUCGAGAGCCUCGAAGACGUGCCAUUGGGCUAUCCGCCCUCGCCAGCGCCCCAGGCGCCGCCGCAUCAUCCGCAGAUACUGGACUGGCGGCCGCGCAGCUACGACGACGGCGACCUCACGCCGACGAACGAUCAUGCCGUCAUUUUGGAGAACAUCGGUGGCGGCACGCUGCCCAGGCCGCGUCAUUGUCUGGUCCGACCCAGGCCCGUUGCAAAGACAAUUUUUUCACAGAUUCAGGCUACGCAAGGUUCCUACACGUCACUGCCUCGUGACUAUAAAGACAACAAGUAUCAGCUGACUUAUGGAUUGGAAAGCAGCCCUUCGCUCAUAAAACGACGUCCACCCUCGCCUCCGCGCCGCCAGAGCAGCGUGUCGUCGGUCAACAGCGUGGGCAGCAGCAACAACGGCGACAUAGUCAUCGACUGCAGUGGCCCGGUGCCAACGUCGGCCAACUGCGACGACAGUCGGGUGCACUACGUGCCCGCCCCACCGCAGCCCCAACACGUGCAGCACUUGCUUCAGCAGGCAGCUACGCAGGCUGCACAGGCGGCGCCCUCGCCUUCCGUUGUUUUAGGAAGCAGGCCACCUUCGUCCAUGUCGCGCAGCUGGGGCAGCGUCGGUGCCAAUGUAAGCGACGAGCACGACCUUAUUGCCAGUCUUGCCUUGCAACAUCGAAAUGGAUCCGAUGCUAGCUUCAAGUCGAAUUCGAGCGCAGAAUCGGACUCUCUGCCAUUCGCCAAUGAAAAUGCCGGUACAAUUAAACAGCGAGCUGCACGCGCAGCUCAAGAAUAUAGCAAUAGCCCGAGUCAUAUGAUGUCUCAUCAUCAUCAUCAUCAACAUCAACAGCAGUCACAGCAACAAUCGAGCAUGCUCAGCAAACCGUCGGCGUCUAGCGAACCUGUUGACGUGCUCAGCGACAUCGGUAAUAUGCUGACCAACCUGACUAACGAGCUUGAUGCCAUGCUUGAGGAAGAAAAACGUCAGGGUCUUAACCCUUAAUGAGUUGAUAGACAAUUUUUAUAGUCUCACACUCUUAACUGUUGCCAUAAAUGAUACGGAGCACAGGACCGAGAAAUCGAUAGGCUCGUGCGGAUAAGCUUUUUAACGCUUUUUAUACUCUCAACGACUAGACUGACUUGCGGACCAUAGCGACUGUAUCUGGUUGCGCUCACAUAGUAAAAAUGUUUUUUACAUGAAAAAGGAUGGGUGUGAAAAAUUAAAAAGUCCUGAUACGAAUUAUAAUUCGUAUUUAUAAGUAAUUAAAAAUUUUAAUUGGAAAAGUUCUAUUUUGAAAUAGAACACCGACACAAGUUCCAUUUUGAACUUGAAAAAAAAUUCUGGUCUUUUCAAUAUUUUGAAAGAAGGAGAGAGUUUAAUUUAUUCUAAUAUGUUACUUUUUACAUUUUCCACCCCUUUUUCGCAAAUUUCUUUAUUUGCUAUGGUAGCAAUAACUGAGACAUGGUGCCUAUGGUUGACCCAACCCAUGCACAAUUACCGAAUUACCACUUUGGUGCUCUUUCGAAUGCAUUUUACAAAUUUUGUAUUCAGGCUUUUCCGUAGCAUUUCUACUGGUGACUUUUAACUUUUUUACCUAAACAAAUUAAGCAAAAAUACAUUUUUAAGAAAAACGGUAAAAAUAAUACAUUCCACGAUGUAUUUGAUUUAUCCACCGCCGUCCGUUUUUUUAACUCCAUGCUUUUUAAUGGACUGCGCAGAACAAAAUAAAUUCUUCAUCUCAAGUGAAAAGUUUUAUAAAAAUCAUAUACGCUACGACCCGACUGUUGAUAAUUCUUUUAGACUCAAAAAUAAGUAUAAAACGUAAAAAGUAAUGGAGCCAUUACUCGACGUCCUGUAAGCUUUAAACGAGAAGCAAAAAACGAAAAAUGCCUCGAAAUCUAUUAAUUAAAUCGUGAAUAUGUAAAACAAACUUAUAUUUGGUAGUACGUAAUGAUAAAGUUGAUUUCAGUGCUUACCACUGUGUUAUGAAUCGAUUCAAUCAACUAAAUUUAACCGAUUAAAUGAUGAAUAAUAAUAUAUGUAAAACCUCGUAUUUAAUACGUAGUCGGAAGCAGAUUUGUCUUGUUAAUUAUUGUAGAUGUAUAGUAGUUAUAUAUAGGAUAUGUUACAUAUAAAUAGUGCCAUGGUUGACAGAGAUUUUGAAGCCUCACCAAGCCCUCGAAAUAUUAAUAUCCAGUACGAUUUAGCAUAAUUUGGAAUUUUCCAAAUAUAUGCCCCUAACAAUGAUUAUACGUUAUUGUACUUUUACAAAAAGUUCAGUUUUCAAUUUUUGGUCAGUCGUCAUAAUUUUUAUAUAAAGAUAAAUAAAAUCUAUAGUUUUAAGAUGGUAAGAAUCAGUGUAAAUUUUAAAAUCUUUGUUUUUAUCAUGGUAGUCAUAAAUAUAUAAAUAAUGAAAAUAUAUAUUAUAUUAAUUAAUAAGUUUUGUACAGAUGAUCGCGACGCUAAUAACUGUAUGAAGUCGCUAAUGCGCUCGCGUAAUAAGUCACUCACAUGCCACUUUUAUGACUUUUUAUAAAUAUACAUUUGUUUUUAAUAGAUUUCAAUGCAAAUGGUUUGUUGAUAUUCAUUGCAUAAAAGGUUCUAUCAUUUCUCAUGCGUAAAAUGAACUAAGAAUAAUGACGAACAAUCAAAUUUUGAGAUAAUUUUGAUAUUUUGUUAGUGAAGAUUAACAACUUUUUAUAAACCAUGGAAAAUAAAAUUAUACAAUUUUUAAAUGAAAUGAUUUAAAGAAAAACAAUGUAUUUUGCUUUACUAAGGAAGAUUGAUUUUAUAUAAUUCUAAUUGAAAAUGGCAUUUUAGAAAAUAAUCAUGUUAUAAUUUUUAAAUGAUCAUUGUAAAUAAUUGAAAUUUAUAUAUAUUUAUUAAAUAAAAUUGAUAUUUAACUCGAUAUAUUUUCAUUAAUUUGAAGUGCGGGGUCAAAAGAUAUGAAAGCAAUUUUGAGCUUACCUGAAAAUAAAACUAAAUCAAUUUUGUUAACAUGGUAACGCAGAAUAGAAUUUUGUAUGUUCCGAAAAGAUUUACGUACUUGCCCACCGCAAGACUGAUUAACCAUUCACAAUCUAGAUUCUGUAAUCUAACAUUGAAUCCUUACUAUGUCAAAGGACGUCAAUGAAAUACUAUACAACGUCGUUUAGUAAUAAAUAGUAUUAAAUUAUAGUUCAAUCAACGCGCACUUAUACAUACUUUAAGUAAAUAUCUUUUUAUAUAUUAAUUUUUAAAUUAAAUACUCUUAAGUUAAGUGUAAAAAUUGUUAAUAGUUAAAAAAAUGGUUUUACUUAACAAAAUAAAAGAAUGCAUCGUUUGUAUCAGAUAUGUUAUUUAUUAUGUGAGUAUAACACUAACUUUACAGCAAUAAAAAUUAUA